AUGCGCCUUGACUCUGCCCUCACAGUGGCUACAGCCGUCGGCUUCGCUGUAGCCCAUGACCCUAUCGUCUAUGUUCCAAAAUGUCCCCGGAAUGUCGCUAUUCACUUCGACAAGACUGUUCCUGACCAGAAACCAUUCCCACGGACGUCCGUUAGACUGUGCUAUAAUAGCAAGGACUUCAGUUUGAAGUUCGAGGCAAAUGACGAAAAGUAUUUCUACUUCGACCCUGCCCAAAAGACGAACGACGAUAUCUGGAAAUAUGAAGUGAUGGAAGCAUUUAUUUCCUCUGGUCAUGACGACCCUUCAACAUACCUCGAAUUUGAGGUCAACCCCAACAACGUCACCUACCAGGCCUUCGUUUACAACCCAUCCAAAAACCGAGCAGACGGUGCUCCAUUCGACCAUGCAUUCAUCAGCAACCCCAUAGCUGAUGGAAUCACAUCCAAGACAUCGCUUACUCAAGCCCAGGGGAAGUGGACAUCCGAUGUGCAGAUACCUCUUGCCCUCUUCAACGUGGACACUCCCCGCGGCUCCAAGUGGCGUAUGAACUUCUUCCGCACUGUUACUUCGAAGGAGACGUAUCCAGAUCAGAUACUGGGUGCUUGGAAUUCCCCAGACAAAGCAAGUUUCCACAUAACCUCGUUUUUCAGAAAACUUGUCUUUAUCUAG